AUGGUGUUUUACUUCAAAGUGCGACCCGAUGCGGGCGACCUCACCAUCUAUAUGGGACUCGAUAAGUUCGAAAACGAGCAGCUCAUCAAAUACGGCUUUCCGGAGGACAUAUGGUUCCACGUGGACAAGCUCUCGUCCGCACACGUGUACCUGCGGUUGCGCAAGGGGCAGGGCAUUGAUGACGUCACGCCCGAGAUGCUGGAGGACUGCGCGCAGCUGGUGAAGGCCAACUCCAUCAUGGGCAACAAGCUGAACAACAUCGACGUGGUGUACACGCCAUGGGCCAACCUGCGAAAGGCAGCUUCCAUGGACGUGGGGCAGAUUGGGUUCCACAACCCUAAGGCGGUGCGCAGCGUGCGGGUGGAGAAGCGACUCAAUGAGGUGGUGAACCGGCUGAACAAGACCAAGGUGGAGAAGACGCCUGACCUGCAAGCUGAGAAGGAAGCUAGAGAUGCAGAGGACCGAGCGGCAAGGAAGGCGGUUCUUAGGGAACAGGCUCGACGAGAGCAGGAGGAGAAGGCUCUGAAGAUGCGGCAGGCGGAAUUGCGGAGUUACAAGGGCAUUAUGCGCGUGUGGGCCCGGCGGGAGUCGCUGGGGGGAAUGGUGCUCGCCGCGUCGUGCUGCGUGCUCGCGCUCAACCUCUCCGCGCAAAGACGCGCGCUGGGGGAAGCGCAACGGGCGCUGGCGGAAGCCCUUGUGGUGUCGCAUGUGCAGGCGGAUCUCCUGGAAGCAGAGCGGCGCUCGGCGGAAGCUACGCGCAGGGCGGAGGCGGAGAUACGCGGAGAGUUAAGGCGGCUGCGCGCGGAAAUGCGGAGAGAGGCGGGGAAGGCGGGAUGGGGGCUGGCGGAGAGGAUCAGGGCGUUGGCGGGGAAGGAAGAGGGGGAAGGGGAAGCGGGGGAACAAGGCGAGGGGGAACGAGCGGGAGGGGGAGAGGAUGGGGAAGAGCGGAUAGAGGAGGGAGAAAAGGGAGACAGAAUGGUUUCAGAAGCAGCGAACAAAGGGCAGCAGCAGGCGCAGCAGACAGAGGAGGGAUCGAGUGGGAGGGAGGGGGAAGGUGGAAUAGCGGGCAGUGAGCCUUCAGCAGCACAGCCUCUGGCAUGCCAGUGGUCACUACUUUCAUUCAAUGGGCGUCUUCCCCCUCUGCUCCAUGCGCGCAUGCUUCAACUACUCCCUGCUCCCCUAUCCUCGCAACCCCACUGCCCCUUGCAGCACAGCCUCUGGCAUGCCAGUGGGCGCUACUUCCACUCAAUGGGAGUCUUCCCCCUCUGCUCCAUGGACGCAUGCUUCAACUACUCGCGCUGCCCCGCUGACCAAUCCUCUCACGAGCCCCUGGUCUACUCCUACUGGCCCGGCCAGCACUACUUUAAGAAGUUUAAUGAGUCUCGAUGGCACACGGACGAUCCAGCCAAGGCGUGUUUCUUCUUUGUGCAUAUGGCGAGAGGGCAGCCGAACGAGUUUGCGGAUUUGGAGAAUUGGGGGGAGAACGGCGCUAACCACGUGCUUAUCAGUGCCCCAGAGUUUAAGGCGUUGCACAACGGCAAGGAUGUGGUUGUGCUGACAAGAUGCGGGGGAUCUACCAAUGCGCGCAUUCUCGCGGAGGAACCUUCCUUAAAGCCGGAGUGCGACGAGGAUGCCAAGCUGUACACUCAGUACGACUUUGCUGACGUCAUGAACACCACCUUCACCCUUGCUCCGGCCGGCCGACAAGGGUCCACCUAUAGGUUCCUGGAGGCGCUAACAGUGGGAGCCAUCCCAGUGGUGGUGACGGACAAUUAG